AAGUUUGGUUUGAAACUUGACUAAUUAUGUGGAUUCCGUUUGGAUCAAGAUCAAAUUAUUAUUUACAAGGCAGAAAUUGUUGCAUACCUUCAGGUUUAAAAGAUCAGGUGAAGAAGUAAAUGUUAAAUACAUAAGAUCCACAUGUAAAACAUAAUAUACAGUAGUUUAAAAACAACAAAUUAAACAAUAUAGUUCACUUAAAGUGUGUUAGUAAAGUAAACUUGUUAAAAAAACAAAGUUUACAAUUAAUAAAGUGAAUUAAAAAUGUUAAAAAAAUAAGAACCAGUUUGAACUAAAUACAGGCAUUAAUUCUUCCAAAAAUCUGUCGGCUUCAUUUGUCAAAAUUUCUACAAAAUUAUUUCCACUACCUAUUAACAUUGAGCGAAAAAACUUGCAAAGCCAAAAUGGAAUCACCAAUACUACACAACCUAAAAAAGAUUGAAGAAUUCAAGCAGUUUGAUGUGACAUACUUUCUGAUUAUCUACGCUUGCGUUGUCCUAAUGGUCCUGGGCGUUCCUUUGGCUAUAUUAUUGCAAAGCAAGGAUUCGCCAAACGAGAGGAAUCGUUAUCAAUUGGAGGCCAAUCGAUCGCGUGAUGAUCAGCGGAGGGGAGGAGUAGCCCGGCGUCGAAUUUUGGAUUCAAAUGCCUAAUAAGCUUUUAAUAUUGAUGUUGUUGGUAUUCAUGGAAAUAAAUUGAAUGCGAGGCACAGCGGUUUGUUUGUAGUUUCUUUCCCAGUCCCCAACCCCAACUCCAAAUGUCUGGCCCGCUUGUGGCACACUCCAUAAGCGUUAAGCCCCCUUUCAAAAUGCACAUAAAGAACCCGAGAAAUCUAAUGUAAAAUCAAUAAUAAUUACGCCGAGUAGGCCAUCGGCGGUUGUGUCACGUCAACCGACUUGGACACUUGUUGCAUACGAAAACAGGAGGAAGUCCGCUGCAGUUUUGGCUCGCGAGCGUCGACGCCUAAGUGUCAGCUGAGAUACAAGAUACCAGAUACUCAGAUACACAGAUAAACAGAUACUUGCCUGCUGGGUUGGUGGUCAAACAGACGGACGGACUCAGCUCCAACAUGUGCAACUUGCAACGUGCAACGGCAAACAAUUAGGGCGACGUGUGGCAGAUGUUUUUCCUUCUCGCAAGCAGGACUCUUAAAAAAAUCAGAGGGAUGUGCGGAGAAGUGGCUACAAUAACAAGCCAGUUCACCAGGCAAAACUACCUGCCGUCGUUGUUGUCCUUUCACAAACUGAAAAUAAAAUAAAAACCCAUACAAUGCC